CACUUCUAGCAGCAGUAGCAGCGGUAACAAGCGCGCGAGACAAACGAGGCAGCAGCUGCAGGGCAGGCAGGCGCUGCGCGACGGCGGUGGGUCGCUUGACGCUGGUGGCGGCAUUCGCUAUGGCGCUCCUGGCAGUCGCUGUGGCCAACAGCGGCACAAAUGACCGCAGGCGUGUAAUGCAGUCAGCGGGUGGGGGCCAGCAAGUUCGGACCGUUGGUCAAGGGAAAGGCCCAUCGGCAGCAACAGCAGGCGGCGUGCAAGCAGAAGCGGUGCCUGGCAGCGACGCCAGCAGCAGGCAGCAGACGCAAGGUCAGCAGCAGUCGGUGGCUGAGGCACAGGCCGCGGGCGGGGACGCCGGGCAGACGCAGGAGGAGGAGUAUGAGGACGUGCGGUGGCUCGAGGACAUGAUGCGGGCUCGGGACGAGGAGGCGGCUGCCGGCGAUGCUGCCAAGCCAGACGCGCUCGGCCUGGACGACACGCCGCCGCUGGCCCGGCAGCCAGACCGCGGCGGCAACGGCACCCGGUGGGGCCGUCCCGCCGCACCUAUCCCUGCUGUUGCCAGUGGCGCCAGCGGUGGGCGAGAGGCUGCUGACGGUAGUGGUGAUGAGGCCGGGCCGCGCCUGUCCAUCUGGUCCAGCCUGCACGCGGCUGCAGCGGCGGACACACCUGGCAGCAGCGCUGGCAGCGGCCGCGACGGCGCACAGACGGCGGCGGCGGCAUUCGUGGCUGCGGCACUGGGGCUGCCGGAUGGUGCGGACGCAGACACACUGCAGGCUGUCGUGGAGGCGGCAGCGAGGGAGCAUGGGGAGGUGGCGGAGCAGGGUCAGGACGAAGAGGUGGAGUUGUGGCCGCAAGCGGCCGCCCAGCCUGCCCCGGCAAUGCGGGAGGGACCCAACAGCUACACGAGCCACGGCCCUGGAUUCCGGUCGGACGCGUCAGCAGCACUUGCAAGACCUCCAGCUGGCGCGGCGGAAGGUCCUGGUAGGAGUGGCAUGCACGGCACGGGGGCGUAUGCGGCUGCCGCUUCGGCAGCGCCACCGGCGCAGCCCCAGCCCCCGUUGGAUGGCAAUGCUUCCGCUGCUCCUAGCGAACCUGCGCCGCUAAACUUCCCUGUGUGGUGGAUGGCUCCCUUCUGGAGUGGCAGUGGCUACUCAAGUGAGGCCAUCAACUACGUGCUGUCACUCACACGCGCACGCCAGGUGCGGCCCCAGGACGUGUGGGUCGGGCAUCACGGUGACGUGUACCGAGACAAGGUGGUGGCGGCCAUGGCCCCAGAGGACAGGAGCGAGCUGCAGGCCCUGGAGGCGCAGGCGGGCGGCCUGCACAGCCCAUCGCCACUGCACCCGCCCGUGCCGCGGGCGGCGGUGGUGGUGUGCCACUCGCUGCCGACCAACUGGCACCUGCCGGAGCCGACCGCGGGCGCAGACGACCAGUGCCCGCCCGCCGCGGUGAAGGCCGGAUACGUGUACCUGGUGGGACGGACCAUGUUUGAGACGGACCGCCUGCCUCGCGCCUUCGUGUCGCGCUGCAACUCCAUGAACGAGGUGUGGGUGCCCAGCGCCUGGGCGGUGGAGGUGUUCGCGGGCAGCGGCGUGGACCCAGCCAAGCUGGUGGUGCUGCCCGAGGGCAUCAACACCACCUGGUACGACCCGGGGCUGUACGAGCCCAUGCCGCUGCCCCAGGGGUCGGAGCUGGUGUUUGGGGAGCCGCCGCCGCCGCCGCCGGCCGCCGCCGCCGGCCAGGAUGCGCCGCGCCCCUAUCGGCUGCUAAGCGCCUUCAAGUGGGAGCCGCGCAAGGGCUGGGACGUGUUGCUGGAGGCAUACCUCACAGAGUUCACAGCGCAGGACGACGUGGAGCUGUACAUCAUUACAAAGCCCUUCGUGGGGAAUGGCGACUUCAAGCAACACAUGCACAAUUGGCUGAAGCGGGCUCAGCGGCGGCUGGGGCUACCGGCGGACGUGCUGAGUGCUGCCGGGCGGCUGCCGCGGCUAUACGUCAUCUCGCACCACAUCUCUGAUGCCGACUUUCCCAGAUACUACAAGGCCGCGGACGCGUUCGUGCUGCCCAGUCGCGGCGAGGGCUGGGGGCGGCCGCACGUGGAGGCGAUGUCCAUGGGUCUGCCGCUGCUGGCCACCAACUGGAGCGGCAUCACCGCCUACCUGGACGACAGCGUGGGCUACCCCAUAGCCGUGGAGCGACUCAUCACGGUUGCGGACAACAGCGUGUGGUGGUUUCGCGGGCUCAAGUGGGCGCAGCCUAGUGUCAAGCACACACGGCAGCUGAUGCGACGCGUGUUCAGUCAUCGCGAGGAGGCCCGCGCCAAGGGUGCGGCGGCUCGGCGCCGCAUGGUGGAGCGCUACAGCCCCGAGGUGCUGGCUCAGGAGCUGGCAGCGCACCUGCGCCGCAUCGAUGCCCUUAUACCGGCACUGCCGCCGCCAGUGUAGGCAGAGAGCUGCAGCAGCAGGGACGGCGGGGUACAAGGCGCGUGGCCGUGGCCGCAUACGGGAGGCCUAGGGCACUGGGAGGAGGGGAUGGGGAGGGGGUAGCCGUCCCGCCGAGACGCGCCAUGCGAUGUUGCAGUGUGCGAGGCGGUGGUGGUGGGCAGCUACGUAAGCAAGCCUGUGUGUACAUUGGAGGGUGUGGUCGUGUGGAGGCAUUGUUGUUCACGUGACCUGUAGACAGAGGGAAGACGACAGAAGAAGGCUGCUUGUUCAAUCAAAGUCGGGGGAGGCCAGCAGGCGCGGGCGUCGGGAAUGUGAGUGCGAGUCGUAAGGUGG